CACUCACACGACCUAUCAUGCGUUCGUUAUUCUGGUGGUACCUUAUCGCGUAAACUUCGGUGGGGUUUAAGGAUCAGGCUUGUGGCUGCCUUACGCCGUGUUAUCUUAUCAAGCAUCAUCACCUUUUCCACUACGCACGACUAGACCCUGCUCGCAACUGAGUUCAGCGCAUUCACAACCAAUCUCUCAGAAUCGUGCAGUGCUGCUUGCCCUACGUUAUCCUACAGCUUGGGAGUUUUUGUCGUGCCUGGGCUCUUACACUUCUUUUUUUGUGAUCUCAUCAAGGAUCUUUCCACAGCGCAUAACGACAGCCCAAACCUGGGCACCCCACAUCCACGAUGUUGAAGAUAUGGUCGAUGAAAAAGGAGCAGAAGGAGGCAGAGAACGCCGAGGGCCAGGCGACGGGUGGUAAGAAGAAGAAGGUGACUGCAGCUCAGCUGCGCGUGCAAAAAGAUCUUUCAGAACUUUCCCUCGGAUCAACGAUGAAGACAGAGUUCCCCGACCCCGAUGACAUCCUCAACUUCGUACUCACGAUCGACCCUGAUGAGGGCAUGUACCGAGGCAGCCGCUUUACCUUCGAUUUCACCAUAAACCAGAACUUCCCCCACGAGCCUCCCAAGGUCCGAUGCCGAGAAAAGAUCUACCAUCCCAAUAUCGAUCUUGAGGGAAAGGUCUGCCUGAACAUUCUACGAGAGGACUGGAAGCCAGUGCUGAACUUGAAUGCUGUGAUUGUUGGCCUGCAGUUCCUGUUCCUCGAACCCAACGCAUCGGACCCGCUCAACAAGGAGGCUGCUGAAGAUCUACGAAACAACCGAGAGGGAUUCAAGCGCAACGUGAGGACUGCUAUGGGUGGUGGAGUAGUCAAGGGCAGGACAUACGACAGGGUCCUGAAAUAGAUUUGGAAUAAGACAAAUAAACCGGAGUCCCAGGUAUGGAAAACCAGAAGGGAUGGGCCGUUAAGAUUUUGGGACGAUACAACGACUUAAUGGGUGUUUGAGACAGACAAGCAUUUGAUAACAAAGAGCAUCGCGUGGCGUCUGAUAAACCCAUGAUCUUGAUUAGGCAAUCCUUCAAUCUCCAAACUUCCAUGAUUGUUGAUAGUGACCGGAUUUGGUCGAGAGGUGAGUCGAUGGCGAGACCUGGGAGGCGGGGUAGAGUCGACCUGAGAGCUGAGCUUGCGAUGCCUACUCAGGUACAGAUGAUCACAAGCUCACUUUAACCACCUAGCCUGUAUUGCCUUUUUGUGGCAGAGGGAGUGUUUGGAGGCGCUUUCUCGCGUUCAGUGGUACUCUAUUGGCUGGCGAUAUCUUGCUGCCCUGGCUGCCGACGUAAGAUCAACGGCUCAAGAAGAGCAUGGCGUGGCUUGCUUGGUUUGCUUCAUGGUCCCGUCUACGCACGUGGAGUAUAGACUAUAACGUGGAGUCUAGAAAUCUGAAUUGAGCCUCAUCGAGGUGCUAAGAGUCCGCAACCCGGAGUAAGUGGAGAUUUGAGGAGUCAACAUCGAGCCAGAUCUAGACUAUCUUGCCUGACAUGUCGACCGGAG